CCUCUCCAUCGCUCGCUCGGCCCUGGCGUCGCUCGUCUCUCAGUAACGAGCCGCGGUUCAACAUGGCGGCCGAGCUCUCUCUGUGCUGAGCGGUAGCGCUGUUGUUUUCCUCCUGUGUCCGCACACGGAGUAGCCCGGCACAUUUACUGCAUCUCCCCGGCCUCCACCACCCCUGACUCUCCCCUUCCCCGGCUGCUGCAUGUCUGCAGCUGACAGGGGGCGUUUUACUGAUAAUUUCCUCACCUGUCUCUGCAGCACCAUCAAGUACCUGACCUACUUCAGGUCCAGGAAGAAAUCUCUUCAGUACUGCAAGAUAAGGGAACCCAAACUGGAGGAGAUGGACGAGCAGAGCGUGGAGGGUAUAGCAGAGGUAUUUAGAUGUUUCAUCUGCAUGGAAAAGCUGAGAGAUGCUCGCCUCUGUCCACAUUGUUCCAAACUCUGCUGCUUUAGCUGUAUUCGGAGGUGGCUUACUGAACAGAGAGCACAGUGCCCCCACUGCAGAGCUCCUUUGCAGCUCAGGGAGUUGGUUAAUUGUCGGUGGGCCGAAGAAGUUACUCAGCGACUUGACACACUACAGUUAUGCAGUCUUAACAAACAUGAAGAAAAUGAGAAGGACAAGACUUCUAAUCAAAAUGUAUGCAAAUCUGACAACCAGCAACAUUUUAUAAUCUGUAAAGAGAAUCGAUGCGAAAAUCAUCAUGAAAAGCUCAGCGUAUUUUGUUGGACUUGUAAAAUUUGCAUCUGCCAUCAAUGUGCUCUCUGGGGAGGAAUGCAUGGCGGACACACUUUCAAGCCGCUUGCAGAAAUUUAUGAGCAGCAUGUUACAAAAGUAAAUGAAGAGGUGGCCAAGCUUCGCCGACGGUUAAUGGAAUUGAUUAGUCUUGUCCAGGAAGUGGAACGGAACGUUGAGGCUGUACGGAGUGCUAAGGAUGAACGGGUUAGGGAAAUCCGCAACGCAGUGGAAAUGAUGAUUGCCAGACUUGACACUCAGCUAAAGAAUAAGCUCAUAACGCUUAUGGGUCAGAAAACAUCUCUAACGCAAGAAACUGAACUUCUGGAAUCACUUUUGCAAGAAGUGGAGCAUCAGCUUCGAUCUUGCAGUAAAAGUGAACUUAUCUCAAAGAGCCCAGAGAUUCUAAUGAUGUUUCAGCAAGUUCAUAGAAAACCCAUGGCUUCCUUUGUCACCACUCCAGUACCACCAGAUUUCACAAGUGAACUUGUUCCUUCCUAUGAUUCAACUACCUUUGUGCUGGAAAACUUCAGCACUCUACGCCAGCGUGCUGACCCUGUAUACAGUCCUCCUUUACAAGUGUCAGGCCUCUGUUGGAGACUAAAGGUUUAUCCGGAUGGAAAUGGUGUUGUCAGGGGCUACUAUUUAUCUGUCUUCCUUGAACUUUCUGCUGGCCUUCCAGAAACAUCAAAGUAUGAAUAUCGGGUGGAAAUGGUUCAUCAGUCUUCCAAUGAUCCUGCUAAAAACAUCAUUAGAGAGUUUGCAUCAGAUUUUGAAGUGGGCGAGUGCUGGGGAUAUAACCGCUUCUUUCGUCUGGACUUACUAGCCAAUGAAGGCUAUCUGAACCGUGCAAAUGACACUGUAAUUUUAAGAUUCCAGGUUCGUUCACCUACCUUUUUCCAAAAGAGCCGGGAUCAGCACUGGUACAUCUCUCAGCUGGAGGCAGCACAAACUAGUUAUGUGCAACAAAUAAACAACCUGAAAGAAAGACUUGCUAUUGAACUGUCAAGAAACCAGAAAUCUAGAGGGGUAUCUCCGCCAGACACCCAUCUUAGCCCCCAGACUGAUGAAAGUUCAGAAGCCAGGUCUAAAAAGAUAGAAGCAAGUCUAGAGAGCAUUCCUUCUUUACCUACUCCAAGAGAAGCUGAGGAGGAUGAGGAUAAAAUCCUUCAUGAUGUCUUUAAUCAGCAAGACCUCUCUGAUGGUGAUCUGGAUGUUGAUCUGGUUGGGGAUGAUGAAGUAAACCAUUUAGAGGGAAGCUGUUCAUCCGCCAGCUCUACUGCCACCAGUAACACUGAAGAAAAUGAUAUUGAUGAAGAGACCAUGUCGGGUGAAAAUGAUGUGGAGUAUGGAAGCAAUAUGGAUUUGGAAGAAGGAGAAUUGAUGGAGGAUGUAGCUGCUUCUGCUGGUGCCUCAGCGAGCAGUCACAGCUAUGCCAGCAGUAGAGCCUCAAGACGCACUGGAAACAACUUAAGUUCCUCCAGCACCAGUAGUUUAUUAGACCUGGAUCCACUUAUUCUUAUUCAUUUACUGGACCUUAAAGACAGAAAUAGUGUGGAAAAUCUUUGGAGUCUGCAACCUAGGCCUCCUGCAUCAAUCUUCCAGUCUUCAGCAUCCUGUUCUCGAAAAGACAGAGAAACCCGAUCACAGCAGACAUCCUGGCGUGUGUCUCCAGAUCUGAAGAUGCUGAAGAGGUACAAGUCUCAGGUCCUCGAGGUGCGCAGCAAGCUUUCUGCCGUGAAAAGUCAGAUAUGUGAAGUCAGGAGCAGUAGCGCCGGGCCCAGUGAAGGCCAGACAAAUAGCACUGGAGAGCUGGACACUUUAGCAACAGGAAGCGGGGAAGGAUGUAGCAAGUUACAAGAACUCGGAAUGGAGCUGCUUAGGAAAUCUUCUCUUGCAAGCUGUUAUGUGAGAAACACAACCGCCAAAAAAUGUAAUUCCCCCAAGCAUUCACGAACCAGUGAAAGAACAGGAAGUCUUUCCUUACGGAGAGCAGUUGACAGUGGAGACAGCAGUCAUCGUGCUAAAGGAGAAUGUCAAGCUCCCUCUGAAGCUUGUAACAGUAACAACAAGAGCAGCAGCAGACAUGGAUCACCAAGAUCUCUAGGUAAUAGCAGUCCUGAGACACCAUCCAGCUCGAAAGCAGAAGACAGGCAGCCAGACCUCCUCAGUGCUGAAAUCCAAGCCACAUGCUUGGAAAAAUCCAGGAAAAUAGUAACAUUGGGGUCAAAUCCUAAAGGAUGGAAUGGAAAGGAUACUGUACAGCCUGGAAGUUUGGACAGUGAUCAAGAUGCUGGUGAAAUUAACCCCAUGAUGUCAGAUGGACCUUCCUCUUAUCCAGAUGAAGCUGGUUUAUGCUCCAAGCAUAUUCUUCACAUUUUGCCAGGAAUGAGUAGUGACAGUGACAUUGAGUGCGACACUGAAAAUGAAGAGCAGGAAGAAAGUAUUACGUGUGUCAGCUUUAAUGACACUUUCACAGCACAACCUUCUGCUGACGAUCAAAGUCCUUUUCCAGAUGACAACAAUAUAAGUGCAGAAGACCUUCAUUUUGCUGCUGGCGACAAUGGUGGAAGGUAAUCUGGAAACAUUUUAGACAUCUCCUUUUGAGCUAAAGACUCAAACCACAAAACACUAGGAUACUAAGACGACAUCUGAUCUAGGGUACAGAUUCACUGCUGUAGCUGCUAUAUAUUUAAAAAAAUGAUGCUUUUCAGCACUACAAACAAGUCCUUAAUAUAGAGGAUUCAUAUACAGUGAAAUAUGCAGAAUUUAACAAGUUUUCUUAGUACAAUACAUCCAUCAUAAGCUAAGGAAUAUGGAAAUCAUUAGUUCUUGGAAUGUAAGUCAAUAACUGCAUUCACUAUAUGUCCAAAAGGAAAAAGAGAAACUUUAUACUAACAAGGAAGAGACAACAAUAGAAUAUCAGAUAAAACUAAAUGCAUCUCAACUGCACUAUGUGGGUCAUAUAAAUGUAUUGAGUGACUGGGACUGUAAAGUCAGUCUAUACUAGGUCAUGUUUGCUAAGCUGGGGACAUAUUAUUCUCAGAUUCCUAAAGGAGACCUGUCAGCUUCCCUUUCUAAUAUGUCUAAUGGAGAAUACAAAAUACAUAUUUACUAAAACAAGUACCAGUAAUGGAGCAACUUUUUUUUUUUUAAUAUAACUUUGCAUUGUGCCUUUUUUCUGCUCCUUCUAGGGUUGUAUCAACACAUUUACAAAAAGAAUGGUAAAAUUUAGUUGGCAAAAAUAUUAAGUUGUCACUGACUGGAUGGCGUUGGACUGUGCAUUACCUCACUUCCAUCUGGUAACACCCAGUUGUCAAUUUAGUCAACAAUUUCUUGUAGAAAUAGCAGGCAAGGACACAAUGCAAAAAUGAAAAGUUGCAGAAUUGUUAUAGGAACUCUAGUGAAGGACAUGUUGUGACUGGUCCUCUUUAAUACAUUUAGUAAUGGUCACAGAAAUCCAUUCCAAUGAUUAGCUUAUCUGCCCUGCACUGUACUAAGAAACAUAAAUUAUUUACCAUGAUCUGCAUGGCUACCACAGGAGUGUCUAAUGUAUAAUAGUAUUCAAACAUUCACUUUCUUUUUUUUAUGUUCUCUGUCUCCAGGCAUGGGGAAGGCAAUU